AUGAAUAAAGUAUUUGGUCGUCAGUUUUCAACUAGCAUAGCUCAUAAGAAGCCUGGAUAUUCUUCGGUGGAGCCGUUGCACCAUUUAGUUAAAAUCCGUAAGGCGGCUUUAAUGCCCAAGUAUCAAAGCUUACUUCUUCCAAAAAAUGACAUAUUGUCUGUUGGUUACCGCCCAACCGAGAUAAGUCAAGACAGAGUCGUUGAAUACUAUGAAAAUACAUUGAGAUCAGACUUACUUUUGCUAAAUUAUGAGCAUGAUGCUGAAACAAUAAGUGGAAACAAAAAAAGAUCCUGGGGAACUGAUUCUCCGUACAAAUUGUAUAGAAAUCUCAAGCGCCCAAAAGGAGCAAGCCGUGCUUCGAAAGAUAUCCAUCCGGUUACUAAUGAAAAUAUCCCAGAGCUCACUGGUAUAUCUAUUAACGCCUAUAAUUCUGAUUCGUUAGAGGAAAGUUGGUUGAAUAUUUCUACCCGAUUACAGAUAUCACAGAUUACUAAUGUCAAAGCCAAGCAAAUUUACAAUAAGUCGAAUAUCUUACCAUGGAAAUGCAGAGUUGGUAAACCGUGUGGUUGUAAAGCAGAGUUAAAAGGGCGCGAUAUGACUCAAUUUUUAACUACUUUGACAGAGUUAGUCUUACCAAGAAUUAGAACGUUUAGAGGAAUAAAAAAUACUUCGGGAGAUGGAAAUGGUAAUAUUACCUUCGGUCUUGACCCAGAAGAUGUCAAAUACUUUCCAGAAAUUGAAAAUUUUCAGGAAUUAUUUCCAAAUUUAUUCGGCUUCCACAUCACGUUUAAGACAACCGCUAGAACUGAUUCGCAAGCCAAAAGCUUAUUAAGUGGAUUAGGUUUGCCAUUUUAUGAUCCUUAA